UUUGUAGGUAGUACAAGAACUGAAAAAUAAUUUUUGGUUGCCAGUAUACCUGUAGUCGUUGCACUGAUCAGUCGAUAGUUUUGUGAUAAAUUAUUUCUCAAGUGAAUUAAAUUAUUAACCAUGGGACGUGAUUCUAGAAAGGUUUCAAGAGAACUUCGGAGUUCUGAAAAAAUUAAUAAGUCGCGUUCAGUCAAAAGAAAGAAUGUUUUUAAUCCGAAAACAGCCGAACGUGAUGAAAGUAUUCAGAGUACAUCUUCUAAAAAAUUAAAACAAAACACUGAAGAUGAUGUACCUGAAGACAGCAGUACUGAAUUUCGAAUAAUAAAUUUUAUUCAGGUAUUCACUGCAAUUUCUGCUCUUAUAAAAUGUAAAAAAUGUGAUGGAAAUGUAGUGUUUCAAACAGCAAGUACACGUGGGCUGGGAUUCAAAAUUGUAGUUGCAUGUAAUAACUGUGGAAAUGAAUAUAUUCCUUCCUGUUCUUUCGUUGGGCAUUCUUAUGAAAUAAACAGACGUUUCAUUUUUGUAAUGAGAAUACUAGGAAUAGGAUACGAAGGAUUGUGCAAGUUUUGCGGCCUGAUGGACAUGCCGUCUUUUUUAGAUAAAUCUACGCAUACAAUUUUACUGAAACAGAUUUUGAAUUGUAGUAAAGCCGUCGCAGAAACCUUCAUGACGAAAGCUGUGAAUGAAGAAAAGCAAGCAAUGCCAACAACUGAAAAUGAAGAUAUAAAUCAUCUAACUGUAUCGGGAGAUGGAACCUGGCAAAAACGGGGAUAUACAUCGUCAUUUGGAGUUUCUUCUAUAAUUGGCUAUUUUACUGGAAAGAUUCUUGACAUAAACAUUAAAAGUGCAUAUUGUAAGCUAUGUGAGUAUUGGAAAAAAAAAACAAAUACUGUUGAGUUCGAGGAAUGGUAUCAAUCGCAUGAAGAUGUGUGUUCUGCUAAUCAUCAAGGGUCUUCUGGGAAAAUGGAGGUGGAUGCGAUGGUCGAAAUGUUUUCGUAUUCUGAAACUAAAUAUGGAGUUAAGUAUGCCAACUAUAUUGGUGAUGGUGACUCCAAGACCUAUUCAGGAAUUAUAAAAUCAGAUCCUUACGAAAAUACAACUGUAAAUAAAAAGGAAUGUAUAGGGCAUGUCCAAAAGCGGAUGGGGAGUCGAUUACGUACGCUGAAGAGUAAACAAAAAGGUCUUGGUGGUCGAGGUAAGCUCACAGGAAAAUUAAUAGACAAACUAACUGUGUACUAUGGUUUAGCAAUACGCCGGCAUUGUGAUUCUAUUGAAAAUAUGAAAUCUGCUAUAAUGGCAACCUUUUAUCACUACGGCUCGAGUGAUGAAAAACCGAAUCAUGAUAUGUGUCCAAAAGGCGAAGAAUCUUGGUGCUCUUACCAGCGCGCUGAAGCAAGAGGAGAGCUUGAUACCUUUUCUCACGAUUAUUCUCCUUUACCUUCUGAUGUUUUAAAAGCUAUCAAGCCUAUAUACGAAGAUCUUAGUAAUGAAAAUUUACUUUCAAGAUGUGUAGGUGGAUUCAAUCAGAAUAAUAAUGAAAGCUUUAACCAACUAGUAUGGAAAAUAUGUCCAAAAACGGUAAAUACUAGUUUUACUAUCGUACAAAUAGCUGCAUACGUUGCUAUGUGUAUAUUUAAUGAGGGUAUAAAUUCAUUAUUAGUCUUGAUGAAUACACUAGGACUUAAUUGUGGGCCUAAUUCUCAUCGGUAUGCAGAAAGAAUGGAUGCUGCACGUAUCAAAGUAGCAGAUAAGCGCGCUAAUGAUAACACCCGAGAAGGUCGAUUGCAACGUAGGCACCAGCAAAUCGAUAUUUUGGAAGCUGCUAUGUCGGCUGAAGAGCUAUUAUAUGGUCCAGGAAUAGAUGACUCAGUAUGAAUCUCCAAGGACUUAUGAUGAUCACCGCAAAGGACUUCGGGAGGAACGGGCUCUACAAAAACAGCGAUAACUUUUUGAAUUAUUAAUUUUUUUUUUUGAAAUUUUCGUGAAGUCAAAUCGAAACGUGUUCUAAUAAAGCUAUGUUUUUAUUUUUGUCAAAUAAAGUAAUUAACUACAAAAAAAAAAUUAUUGAAAAUCAUCAU